AUGCCGAGUGCUCCCUGCAGAGGGGCAGCAGCAACUUCAUCACCAGUACCUUCGCAAGAAGCCGCAGCAGACGCUGCUGCAGCUACUGCAGGUGGCACAGCGGUAGCAACACUUUUGGGCGUUCAAUCGCAGCAGUGUAAGAGAGCAUUGCUCACGAGAAAGGCAAACCAGAGCAGCUCAACCGGCAAAGCGGCUCCAAUAUCGGCCAAGGCUCUCAGACAAUUCUUUGGCCUUAAGCCUGCACAGGGCAGCGGGACCCUUACUACAUCAGUGUCACCGCCGCAGGGAGCUCCUCUUGUUGGAGCAAGACAAAAAGGCGAGCAAUGCGCAGCAGAAAAGCUGAAUAGCCUCCCUGAUGACUUCUCAAGAGUAUCACAAGGAGCAGCAAAGGGAUCAGACGCUCUAUCGGCAGAUGCUGCAACCGUUGACUCAACGGCGAAGAUUUGUGGAGCAGCAGCUUCAGCAGGUGAAUCACCAUCUCUCAACGUAGAACUGCCCUGUUUGAGGCCGCAGCCGGCAAGCUCAGUAAUUGAACAGUGCCAAAUGGCAAUUUCUGCAGAGAAAUCGGCUGCCAACGUCUCGGUGCAAGUGCCCCCGAAAGCAGGGGAUCUGGCUCACAUUUUCAACUGGAGGCACAAACGUCGCAUCACCCCAUACAGCCUGAGUGGUACAGCAAGCGCCACUAACGAGGCGAAUCUUAAUAGCUCUGAGGGACAUAAGAAACUGCAACGGACAGGAAUCGCAGCGUCAGAAUCUUCUCCUGACAGCUUUUGUGCUGGCAUUAUACCCAAUGCGUGUGGAAGCAGCGGUGUGGACACCAUCAAGCAGGAACGAACAGGAUCGUCACGCACUUUGCAGGCGGACGCAGUGCCGAGAAAAGUAACAGCAGUCCGAGAACUGGAGCCUACAGCAGCAUCCGCAACUACUCCCCAUGCAGGUUGCAUGAUCUGGGGUUCUGGUAGAGAGAAUUCUGCCAAGGCCCCUACAGCUUCAGCUCCAGCACCUACUGCAGGUCGCGAUUUUGGGUCCGCUUAUCCGGCUCGUCUUACACGACCCUGGGUAGAUUUGCCCGAGCCGUUGAUACUCCAUGUCCUUGACUAUGGCGGAAAGGAAUUUGCAACGACUUGCCGUCGCUUUGCUGGGGUUAUUCGCCGUCAGCGGAGGAUCUUGCGCUUUUCUGGGGACGCUUCGACCUCGCCAAGUUUGAGACUACUGGAGAUAACCGCAGGGGGAAGCCUGAGUGCAUCACAGAUAGAGCGUCUCUCGCGAGCCCGUAGCAACGCUCUCCCCCAGAAGCUACAAGUCUUGGUGAUGCGUCGGUGCAACAAACUUACAGACAAGAGCCUAAGGACACUUCUCCUGAGGCUUCGUGACCUGCGUUGUGUAGAUCUGCGUGACUCCUUCUCCUUGACUGAUGAAGCCCUGUCAACACUGGGUUUGCUGCCUCGGCUCGAACGGGUGGCCUUGGGGCUGACAGUUGGAGCUCGGGGAUGCUGCCGCCUUACUUGCCGAUCAAUCAAGGCCCUUCUGACACCGCAGCAGAAACAGUACCAGCAGCAGCAGGAACAUGCACAACCUCAGCACGAAGUUGAGGAGUGCAUAGCUCCAAUCAAAUUUUUAUCCCUUGCCCGAUGCAGCGAGAUGAAAGACUUCACCGUCCUGGCCAACGCGAAAAAGACGCUCGAGUUUCUUGAUCUGCGCGGGACAGCUAUUGAUGACUCGUCCGCCACUGUCUUUGCUUCUCUACACAAUCUGCAAGUCCUCGUUUUGGCAGACACUGCAGUAACCACGCUAACUGUAUCGGCUGUUGUGGAGGGCUGCCCCAAGCUGCAGAUGCUGGAUCUUUCUUGCACUGGCCCUGUUUCUCGCGACUGUCUCUUUCGCCUGGCAUUUUCUCUCCAGUCGCUUACGCGCCUUAAAUUAAGCCACACGGCGGCUAUCGAUGAUAGUUUGCUGGUGCACUUGCUGGCUGAGCUGCCUCUCCUUCGUUUUCUUGACGUUUCGCAUUGUUGGAGGGUCACUUCCGCCUUUUGUGAUUCUGGCUUCACUGUUGCUUCAGGGAAGCAGCUGAGGCGACUAGGGUUAUUUGGAUGUAAUGUGGAGAGACAGAGGGUCGAGGCAGCCCUUGUCCUUGCGGGCGCCACCAACGCUCGGUUGUCACUUCACAAUGAGAUGGCUCUAUUUGAAAUGCCCCGAGUGUAUGCCACAAUGAAGGACUUGGACAUUUAA